CUGUCUAUGAGUGUCCACCAAACGAAUAGAGUAUUAUAUGUCUUUCCUUCAAAGUUAAGCAUAAACAAAAUUCACUAAUUGUACUCAAAAUCUAUGAUGGCACAUUACAUUAGAUUACACUCUUCCUCUGAAGACAUCAUUACAAAAUACAAAUCGUUUGCAUAAAGAUAAAGCUUUACAAACCAAAUAAACCAUCCACUAGUGCAAUUCUCCAUCUACCACUGCACCAUCAUGUUUCUUGUUUAUGUCUUCCUUCUCCAAAUGUGUUUCCUUCCUCACAUUGGUUUUUCAUCUCACUGCACUGUAGAAACCUCUACUAAAACCUUCCAAAAAUGUAUGAAUCUUCCCACCCAACAAGCCUCUAUAGCAUGGACUUUCUACCCUCAUAACUCCACCUUAGAACUAGUCUUCUUUGGAACCUUCAUUUCACCUUCUGGAUGGGUUGGAUGGGGAAUCAACCCAACUUCAUCGGAGAUGACAGGAACUCGUGCUUUAAUAGCCUUUUCUGACCCAACUUCAGGCCAAAUAGUCCUACUUCCUUACAUUCUAGACCCGAAUGUGAAGCUCCAAAAAUCUCCGCUGCUCUCUCGGCCACUUGACAUUCACCUCAUCUCUUCCACGGCAGCCAUAUAUGGUGGCAAAAGGGCCACCAUUCAUAAUGGUGCCCCCAUCCAAAUCUAUGCCAAAUUCAAACUAGAAUCAAACAAAACCAAAAUCCACCUUGUUUGGAAUCGAGGACUUUAUGUUCAAGGCUACUCGCCUACUAUUCAUCCAACCACCUCCACUGAUCUCUCUUCCAUUGCCACCUUGGACGUUUUGUCAGGUUCAUCCGCUCGUCAACACACAGACCUUACAAUGCUGAGAGUGAUUCACGGUACUUUGAAUGCCAUCUCAUGGGGUAUUCUUUUGCCGAUGGGAGCUAUAACUGCACGUUACUUUAGGCAUAUUCAAUCACUAGGUCCUGCAUGGUUCUAUGCUCAUGCAGGAAUACAAUUGUUUGCUUUCAUUCUUGGAACUGUGGGGUUCGCAAUUGGCAUUCACCUUGGGCAGUUGUCUCCAGGAGUGGAGUAUAGCCUCCACAGGAAGCUUGGAGUCGCCGUGUUUUGCCUUGGAGCCUUGCAGACUUUAGCGUUGUUGUUUAGGCCAAACGCUAGGAACAAGUUCAGGAAGUAUUGGAAAUCCUACCACCACUUUGUUGGGUACUCUUGUGUGGUGCUCGGGUUUGUGAAUGUGUUUCAAGGGUUUGAAGUGAUGGGGGCCAGCAGAUCCUAUGCCAAGUUGAGUUACUGUCUGGGACUUUCUACUCUGAUUGGUGUUUCCAUAGCUUUGGAGGUGAACUCUUGGGUGAUGUUCUGUAGGAAAUCUAAGGAAGAGAAAAUGAGGAGAGAAGGACUUAUCGGAACUUCUGACAAAGGGAAUAAUGGCAUCCACACUUGAAAGAGAAUACAUACAUCCAUACUUUAUAGCUGAAAAAUUGUGGAAAAGAAUAUAUAGUUUUGCUCCACUUUUUGUUAAGAGUAAAUAAUUUAAUUUGAUGCUGAAAAAUGUUGCUUAUGUUAUUUUAGUCCCCAAAUUUUCUUAAUAAUGUGAAUUUGUUAGUAAUUGAGAGUUUUGGGAACAAAGUUAUAUUUAUGUCUUUGGAGACCAAAGCAAGUAAUAUCCGAGGGACCAACUUGUAUAUUUACUCCGUUUACUGUUAUAGUUGAAACAUGUCUGCUUCCAGUUCA